CUGAUUUAUUCCCGUCCAGGAGACGGAGCGAGAGCCCCCGGGUCUGAGCAGCCCAGACGCCGGCUCCUGCGCCCGCAUCCCCACGCCAUGCCGGCCCCCCGCCUGCUGGCCGCACUCUGCGGCGCGCUCCUCUGCGCCCCGGGACUCUUCGCCUUCUCCGGUGACUUCUGUGACUCUAGCCAGUGCCUGCAUGGUGGGACCUGCUUGUUGGACCAGGACAAAAAACCCCCCUUCCACUGCCUCUGCCCUGAAGGCUUCACGGGCCUCAUAUGCAACGAGACUGAGAGAGGUCCCUGUUUCCCAAAUCCCUGCCACAGUGAUGCCGAAUGCGAGGUGAUUGACGACUCGCACCGAGGAGACGUCUUCACCCAGUACAUCUGCAAGUGCCCUCUUGGCUACGUAGGCAUCCACUGUGAGAUCAUCUGCACCUCGCCGCUGGGCAUGGAGACGGGCGCCAUCGCCGACUCCCAGAUCUCCGCCUCGUCCGUGCACUUGGGUUUCAUGGGUUUGCAGCGCUGGGCCCCAGAGAUGGCCCGCCUGCACAACACGGGCAUCGUCAAUGCGUGGACAUCCAGCAAUUACGACAGAAACCCCUGGAUCCAGGUGAACCUGAUGCGGAAGAUGCGGGUGACGGGUGUGGUGACUCAGGGUGCCAGCCGCGCAGGCAGUGCUGAAUACCUGAAGACUUUCAAGGUGGCCUACAGCACCAAUGGGCGCAAGUUCCACUUCAUCCAGGGCGCAGGGGAGUCAGGAGAUAAGAUAUUUAUGGGUAAUGUGGACAACAGUGGCCUGAAGGUCAACCUCUUUGAAAUCCCUCUGGAGGUUCAGUAUGUGAGGCUGGUGCCCAUCAUCUGCCACCGAGGCUGCACCCUCCGCUUUGAGCUCCUGGGCUGUGAGUUGAAUGGUCUGGGUGACAGCCCCCCCUUGUUGGCAGGAUGCGCCGAACCCCUAGGCCUGAAAAACAACACCAUCCCCAACAAGCAGAUCACAGCCUCCAGCUUCUACAAAACCUGGGGCCUCAGUGCCUUUAGCUGGUAUCCCUCCUAUGCGCGGCUGGAUAAUCAGGGCAAGUUCAAUGCCUGGACCGCCCAGACCAACAGUGCCUCUGAGUGGCUGCAGGUUGACCUGGGCUCCGAGAAGCGAGUGACUGGCAUUGUCACCCAGGGAGCCCGAGACUUUGGCCACAUCCAGUAUGUGGCAGCCUACAAGGUGGCCUACAGUGACGAUGCCGUGAGCUGGACCGAGUACAGGGACCCGGGGGCUGUAGAAAGCAAGAUCUUCCCUGGGAACUUGGACAAUAAUUCCCACAAGAAGAACAUGCUCGAGGCACCUAUCGUGGCUCGCUUUGUGCGCAUCCUGCCCGUGGCCUGGCACAACCGCAUCACCCUCCGCGUGGAACUGCUGGGCUGUUAGUGGUAGGCCCGGCCGCAGCGACUGGAAGGGCCAUGGGGGCACCUGGCCAGGGGGGCACCUGCCUCUUUCCUGGUCCUCCUGGUCUUCUGUGGACCUGCUGCCUCCUCCACCUGCCCCCCUGAUUGUAGCUGACCUGGGGGUGGGGGUUUCAGUUACCUCUCCCUCCCUCCUCCUCCCCCACCUCCCACGUGCCCCUGGCACCCAGCCCUCAUGCCAUCCCACCUUCUUAGGCACGGUGGGAGUUGCGUAGGUCUGGGAUGGACAGGGAAGGGUGCAGUAGGGGGUGUGGGUGACCUGUGCCUCUCCAGGUCCCCGAUUCUAGCCUCUGUGUGCUCCCUAGCGCCUCUCCCACACCCCACAUUUCCAAGGCCCUGGAGGAAUAGGCCCUGAGGCCCCAGGCUGGAGAGAAGGGUCUCCUGCUCCUCAGUUCUGGGGCGUGAUGCUACCACUCUGCUGCUGCCACCAACCCCCAGCACUUCCCCCUCAUCUCCCCAGACACCCCUCCUGACCCUCAUCCUGAAGCCUAGAAAGAGACAGAAGCAGGCGGGGUGGGUCUGUGGAGAGAUGGGGGAGGAGGUGGGUGGGCCUGGGGGGCCCUCUGUGCUGGUUCUUUACCCCAGAGUACACAGGCAGCUUCCAGAAUAUAUUUAUAUCACC